CUUCUAGGUCACUGCUAAUGCUUCUACCUGACAUCACGCGCUUUUGACGGUAUUGGUUUAGAGUACUGAUUUUGUAAAAAUGGAAUAUAAUAAGAACAGCUGCUUGCAUGGGAUUGGGAUCUACUCUCUGCUUUCCAUGCAGAUACAUAUAUAAUUAUUUUAAUAUGAUAUUCUCCAGAUUUGAGUGCCUUUUUUCACAGUAAUCUAUCAGUUAUUAUCCUUUGUAAAUAAAUAUUCUCUUUCAACGGGAAAAAAAGGAAUCUCGUAGCUGCUGUUGGCUGUUGCUGGAUUCUUUAGGUGGCGGGAAAAUAGAGGGUUUUACGAAAGUAAACAACAAAAAUGAAUUAUGAAUAAUAAUGAUAAUAAAGAUAUUAAUAAUACUCAGCUUUGUCUUUGAUUUGAGAGCAUCAUCCAUGGAAUUUUAUGAUACUUAAUUGGUUUCAGGUUGGUGGAUUGAUGGUUUUAAGGAAAAAAAAAUUAUGUCCAUAUUGGACAAAGUAAAUUGAAGAAGAAUUUGAAACUAGAUUACCCAAUUUACUAAUUAAUAUAUACUUAGUGAUAAUAUAUAUUAUAUAGUUGUAAAGAAGUCUCGAUAACUCAAGUUAUUGGAGAGAGAUUCGAUACUAAAUCUUAUACUACAUGUAGGUAAUACGCUCUUCAAAUUCAAGUCGUCAUUCUUAAGAGAUUUAUACCGUUCGAAAAAUGAGGUCGUCGGGAUUCAAACAUAAAAACCUCUGGAUUACGGAAUGCCAUGUUAUUACCAUGUCAAGAAACAGUUGGCGCCACAUAACUCGAACUCUUUGAGAAAGAUUUCAUGCAAUUAUGUAUCUUAUACAAUUUAGUAAUAAUAGCAACAUAUCUUUUACAUAGUUUUAACACAUGGAAACGGGUAGUUUAGAACUUUAGAAGGGGUUGGCCGAUGUCAUAGUAUGCAAUAUACAUGUGUCAAGCAAUACUUGAAAAAAGUGAUAACAGUAAUAUAAGGGGUCGUUCGGAACCUUUCAUUUUGGAAAUGAUGUAUUACGAGAAUGUGUGUAUUAAGGAUUAUGUGUACACUAAAAAUGUGUGCUUUUGAAAAUUCAUUGAUUGAUUGGAACCCAUGAAAGAAUGCAUGGAUUAUAAUUUGUACAAACCUAAGAAUGGUUAGCAACCACAUAAUCAUGUGGUACAUAAUAUAAGAGAGAGAUGGGAGUGGGGGAAAAAGCUAGGCUUUGGAGAAACUCAAAACACAACCAACAAGAAAUUCCUUUAUUUGAAAACGAAUAAAAGCUGUAGCUGCCUGAAGUAGAAUUCUAUUUUUAGUUCAUUAAUAAUGUUAAUUAGUUUAUUAUUAUUAUUAUCUAAAAAUAUAAGGCACGUACGUGUACAGUGCUAGUGGGGAUAAUUAUUUAUUUAUAUAUUAAAAAUCAAGCCCUCGAUCCUUUGAGAUUCCAUUAUCAAACACAAGAUGGAAAAUAAUAUAAUUGAGGGCAACAGCUAGCCAGCUGCUUACAAUAUACAAAUAAUUAGUUUUUAUUUAAACCAUGCAUCCCAUAUAUUAAAUACAAUAUUAAAAUUCACCCAAAAAAUAAAUGUUAAGUAUAAAUGAGAUUAGAUAGAAAAUGAUUAUUGUGACCAAAAGUUUGAGUGAGAAUGAAGAAGAAAAAGGUUUCAACUUAAGAAAAAAAGGCUUCUCUGCUGAAAGUGGGAUCUUGAAGUGGUCCAUAUCUGCAAAACUGUACAAAUUGGGGGACCAGAUGAUGAUUUUUGGUGGUAUAGUCAUUCAGAAACAAACCCCAAAAAAAGGGCUCAGAAUGAUACGUUACAUUUAUGUGCAUGUGUAUGUGUAUAGUAAAUAAUAGCUAAGCAAUGCAUCGAUCACUCACUGCAUCAGAGUCUGCAGCAUGCAGCAGAUGACAAUUGAUACUAACUACUCGAAAACCCACCAGCAUAGCUCCCACCUCCACAUCCACCACCACAUUUUAAAGACCGAUCUGUACUGCCGCUCCUGACUCUCAACGACUUUCGGUUUCUGUUCGAAAGUAGAUAUGGAAUAAGAUCUGUUAUGCGAUCCGUCACACGAGACAACUCUCGAGUUUAUGAAACCAGUUGGUUCGAUUAUCGAAAAGUAUUCCAGUAUUUGAAUUCUCACAAUCCCAGAUGUCAAACGGUUUAUCUAAGCUCAUGAACGAUGCUUCCGUGUUGUGCAAAUUUCAACAUAUAAUUCUGUAGCAGAAAAUCGAAUCCAUGGGGAGCUAUCAAGAUCGAGCUAGGUGGUCCAAAAGAGAAGAACGUGGAGAAUUGUACGUACGUCGGGGGACCAUAUUUGUGUAUUAUUAUGUGAUCUACUUGCACAAACUAUUCUGCAAGCAGCGCCCACCGUUUUUACGUUACAUAUCUACUAACCUAUAUAUAAAUCGAUUCCAAUUGCUCGAGUUGUUGAGAGAGGUAUACUUUUAUGAAUUUUAAUCGCUUUCUUGAACGUUCCCUGGAACGAAAGUUAACUCGCGUUGGACUCAUAAUGUGCACCGGCUCUCCAUAACGCAUGUUGUGUUUGGAACAUACAUAAUAUAUGGGUUAAUUAAUGCCACAUUUGGUCACAGCUGGGAUUACUAAAUCGUGUUAUGUUUAGUCACUAGAAAAAAUUAAUAUAAAUUCUGGUCACUCGAAUUACUGUGUGAGGAUCAAUGUAAGGCUAUUUUACUUUUUUUUUUUUUACAAUGAAACAUCUUCUAUUAUACCUAACCAGACCAGCAUAUGAUAACCAAUUUUGCUCCCGAUUAAAACAAACCCAAUUUCUUAAUUAGUUAUUAUCAUAGCAUGGUUGUGACAAUCCACCAGCAAUGGAUUAUCGAAUCACAGGCUUGAGAAGUGAACAAGAGUUUUGUGGGUGAGGUUCAUAUUUUUUUUUUCGGAAUUCUUUUUUCUAAUUUAAUAUGUUUUCUUUGCAUGGAUGAUGGACCAUUAGCUCAUAAGUUGUGAUUAAUUAUAUUGUUGUUGGGAUUUGGAAGAUCGAUAUUCUUUGGAGAGGAUUUUAGGCUAAUUUGAAUUAUUGAUGCCCAAUAAUCAUAAAGGCUUGAUAUGUUC